GCAUCUCAAAACACCCUAAAUUCCAUGUGGUAUAUGGAGGUGAGAGAACUUCGAGAAAGAGCAAAGGCUUACAGGCAACGAGUAGAGGGAACACACUUCUCCCGAAAUCAUCUCAAUCAGAUCCUGUCUGAUAAUAACAGUCUUUGGGAUGUGUCUUCCAAUUCCAGUUUGGAAGAAGGCAUCAGCAACAACAUCAAAGCACUAGAUCUUGCUGGCAUUUCUGAAAAGGAGAUGGCACUGAGCCCCAAAAUGCUGCAGCAACCUGACUCCAGAGAACAGCCACACCAGGACAGCACUGAGAAGAAAGACAUAUCAAGUGCUUUAACUGUUCCAGUCAAAAGGCGUUUAGUUUGGGGUGAGCAAGAAGGUACUGAAGAAAGGGAGAACUGCCAGUCAGUAGAAGAGGAAGAAAAACAAGAUGAACAGGCUUCAGUCAUGGCUCAGCAGUUAAAAGAAAACAAUAAAGAUGCCAAUGAAGAUAAGAAAAUUGAAGGUGAGAAUGCCUUAGUAUUGAAUUCUUCUGCAUCUGUGUCAGAUUCUUCUUCUGUAUCCUCGAGGGCAGGUGGCAGGCUUCCUACUCCGAAGCUGAGAGUGCUUGGUGGAGCUCAGAGGACUCAUCAUGAUCUCACUACCCCAGCUGUUGGAGGUGCGGUUCUAGUGUCUCCUCCUAAAUUCAAGUCUUCAUCUUCACAGCAGAGAACACAAGGUUUAGGAAUGGACCCUUCUUCAGCUAAUCAAGGUGCAAGAGAAGCUUCAAAAAGAAGGUCCUUCAGGCCUGAUGUGGAAGUGCAAGCUGUUUCACUCCUUACCUCUCCACCUGCUGGGCUGGGAACUUUGGAUCCUCUGCCGCUCAGGCAGGAUCAGCAGCCUCCUAACAGUGUUUCUGAUGAGCAAGUUCCUGUUGCUUCAGCCCAUCAAGAGCAUUUCUCUACACCUCCUGUUUUGAAGUCAGCCAAAAGCUCCUCUAUGCCUUGCUGGAGUCCCUCUCGGCGUAUUCAAGGGACUCUGAAGGAUCCAGAAUUCCAGCAUAAUG